AUGGCGCCGAUAUACAUCGACGAAGCAGUUGGCUCAGAUACCACCGGAAACGGAACCAUAGAAGCGCCCUACCAAAGUCUCGGCGUCGCCUUGUUCAAUCACCCAACAACAACGACUCCUGCGUCGUUUUUAAUCCGAAAGGAUGCUGCGGGUACGUAUGAGGAGCCCACGCAGUCGUCUUUGAAGAAGGCGAAGAAGACUGCGGAUGGGUUGGAGAAGAAGAAGAAGAAGGCGGAGGAGCUGGCGGAGCGUGAGGCGAAGGAGAAGGGGGAUGAGAAGGAGAGGAGGGAGAAGGUUCUUGUGGAGAGUAGGAAGAUUGUGUUGGAGGAGGAUGGGACGCUGCCUAAACCGACUAAGAUCGGAUACCUGGAAUCGCUACGAUCUAAACGCGUUAGGGUCUUUGGGUGGGUACACCGCUUGCGCCAGCAAAAGGACAUCAUCUUCAUCGUCGUGCGGGAUGGGACUGGGUACCUCCAGACUGUCCUUUCUGGCCGAGUGGCACAGACGUACGAAGCGCUAACACUGACACUCGAGUCCUCCGUCGAAGUCGUCGGCACACUCCAAACCGUACCAGAAGGCAAGACCGCUCCAGGUGGGCACGAGCUCGUCGUCGAUUACUGGCGGGUUGUCGGGCCUGCUCCUGGCGCUGAAGACGCGUUCACCAAUAGGUUGAACGAGAAAUCCGAUCCUUCGAUCCAAGCCGAUCUACGCCACCUCGUCCUACGCGGCGAAACCGCCUCCAGCGUCCUCCGCCUGCGCGCUGCACUCCUUAUUGCCUUCCGCGACUCUCUGACUGCGCAGAGCUUGAUCGAGGUGACGCCCCCGUGCCUGGUCCAAACGCAGGUAGAGGGCGGCGCGACGUUGUUCAAGUUGGAUUAUUAUGGGCAGCCGGCGUUCCUUACGCAGAGCUCGCAGCUUUAUUUGGAGACGUGUUUACCGAGCUUGGGAGAUGUGUUUUGCGUGCAGGAGAGUUUUAGAGCUGAGAAUAGUCACACAAGACGCCAUUUGAGCGAAUAUACCCAUCUCGAAGCUGAGCUUGCGUUCAUCACAUUCACCGAUCUCAUGGAUCACAUCGAGGAAAUCAUCUGCAACACCGUCUCCAUCCUCCUCGCAAACCCAACCUCCGCCUCCCUAAUCAAAUCCCUCAACCCAAACUUCAUAACCCCCUCCAGACCAUUCCUCCGCCUUUCCUACGUAGACGCUAUAAAGUGGCUCAACGCGCACGGGAUCAAGCACCCUAAAGAAGAUGCCGAAGGCAACCAUGAAGUUGGUGAUGAUAUUGCGGAGGCGGCUGAGAGGCAGAUGACGGAUAUCAUUGGGACGCCGGUGUUUUUAUAUGGGUUCCCUGCGGAGUUGAAGGCGUUUUAUAUGAAGAAGAUGCCUCAAGGUGAAGGGGAGACGACGGUGUUCACGGAGAGCUGUGAUUUGUUGAUGCCGAAUGUUGGCGAGAUUGUUGGUGGAUCGAUGAGGAUCGCGGAUAUGGAAGAACUUCUGGCUGCGUAUAAGAGGGAAGGUAUCGACCCGGAGCCUUACUACUGGUUCACUGAUCAGCGUAAAUACGGGACGUGCGAGCAUGGUGGGUAUGGGCUUGGCGUUGAGCGUUUCCUCGCAUGGCUCGCGAACAGGUAUACAGUUAGAGAAUGUUCCUUGUAUCCCAGAUGGCCCGGACGAGCAACACCUUAA